AUGAAGGUCAUCGUUGGUCUUGCUGGUAUUGUGACCUUGGCUCCUAGAGUGUUGGGUCAUGCUACCUGGCAGCAACUCUGGGUAAACGUGAAUCUAACCAUUCAAUACGGUGGUGUAUGUGCGCGGUUACCAAACAAUAACAACCCUAUCACUGAUGUGACCUCCAACGACAUUCGCUGCAAUGCAAACCAAGGGUUCGCCAGCUCGAAGUGCAGCGUAGCCGCUGGAGGAACUGUCACUAUAGAAAUGCAUCAGCACAACACGCGAGGAUGUACCGAAGAAGCGAUCGGCGGAGCUCAUUACGGACCCGUCUUGGUCUAUCUCAGUAAAGUAGCCGACGCGUCUACGGCGGAUGGAUCUACUCCCUUUUUCAAGAUAUUUCAAGAUACGUGGGCGCGAGCCUCGUCCACUUCACAGGGCUCGGACGAUUACUGGGGCACCAAAGACCUUAACAAGGCUUGCGGAAAGAUGGACGUUUUAAUCCCCGCCAACCUCGCCCCAGGGGACUAUCUGCUUCGAGCCGAGGCGAUAGCGCUGCAUUCUGCAAGUUCGUCAGGUGGCGCGCAGUUCUACAUGACAUGCUACCAAAUCACUGUCACAGGCGGUGGGUCGUCGAAUCCGUCGGGCGUAAGCUUCCCUGGCGCGUACAAAGCUUCUGACCCAGGCAUUCUUUUCAAUAUGUAUCAAGUGCUUAGCACUCCUUAUGUUGCACCCGGCCCAGCGGUCAUCCCUGGCGGCACCGAGGCCGUUGCUGGGAAAGCUGGAUCCUCCGUCACCGCCUCUGGCGGAGCCUCACAACCAACCGCGACCCAGAUUGCUGUGUCAUCUUCAUUUGUGACCAGUGCGAGGCCAGCUACCACUACAAGUCCCGGGACUGGCGGCUGCACGCCCGCUAAGCAAUGGGACCAGUGUGGUGGAAACGGGUUCACGGGUUGUGGUUGUGUAGCGGGGAGUACAUGCAAGAAGCUUAACGACUUUUACUCGCAGUGCCAGUAG